AUUUGUGUUAUCCAUUUUACAAACUGUUUAAAGCUCAGCGUAAAACAAUCAUUAUGUUACAAGCAGUUUUUGCCACGUUAUGGCUUGUUUGAGUGCCGUAGCGCUAGCUAACCAACAACAGCAUGCUAGGUACCACGUUCUAUAUGGAGCUAUUGCGUGUAUUUAAUACAGCUUAUUACAACGAAGUUAACGAUAACUGUUAGUAUAAAUAACGUAUCUAUUAUUAACUAUCACCACAUCGCACUCUUAGAGUGUUGUCACCCUUCUAGUAUAAAAGCAGAGACAGUGGUUCGACAAAGGGAACUAUAAUCACUAGUCUGCUCGUACUAUUAAGUUGUAAGGUCAAUAUUUAACUCUGUGAAAUCAGUGUGAUGCUGUAAGAUUUUAGAUCAACCUGAAGCAACAUUAAAACAAUAAUUUGAGAUUAUGUGUGUUGUUUAUAUUAUAGCUACAUUCAUCUAUUGACACUACAAUAACUUUGACGUUGUUAGAUUCCAAGGAGCGAAAGUAAACAUGAACAAACUUUACUAAUAGUUCAGAGUUCUCACUGCUGUUAGAUCAGUUAUACAUUGUGGCUGUUGGAAUAUGAGCGUUUGCAUUAAGAUGACUAAAAACAGGAGUUUAAAAUCUGUGUGGGAAUGUAGAAAGGGGGGCGUCCCUCAUACUCAAACUGCUCAUUUACACUUGAUAUUUCUUUAUGUAGCUCUAUCUUGCUGUCAUCCCUCUGUGCUGUCACACUCCUGAUUAUUCAGAAAGAAAUGGAUUAGUAGAUAAUAAUCGAGAAAAUACAAUGCUGCCAUGUUUACACAUUAUAAAUGUAAAGGUGUUGAUGUGCACCGGCCACAGCCUGGUCCAGACAAAAUGAUUAGUAUGUGUAUGAGAAGAUAGUAAUGCAAGCAACUAGAGCAUCGUCACAAAGCCUUAUAAUUGCAGGAUGUAUAUGAAAUACAUUGUUUUGCAGACAUAAUUUCUGCAUGCGAUGGUGACGUAGUGACAAACAAAGUCCACUUGCGCACAGGUUAAUACAACUAUCUGUGCUUAUCAAUUCAGAUGAGCUCCGCUGACAUGUGCUACAGUAAAGUCCUAUUCAGUGCAUGCAGUAGAUACAUCUGAUUUGUCAGUGUUUGUAUAGUUUUAAUUUAUUUUUUGCAAAAAUAAGCAUUGAGUAAAUGUUGCUGAUAGAAAACAGUUGAACUGCGCAGAGUUCAGCUCAGUCGAAGCAGGAGCGAGUAGAGUGCAGAAAGCGGAGAGAUCGCUCUCGGUUUUAUUAUGCUCCAUUUGGACAGUAGUUGCCAAUCUAACCGGUCGGACUCAUGGUGAAAAGGAAGAAGACGUCGCCUACUAGCGAAGAGCACGACAAUGGCAUGACACUGGGCUCCAGGGAGGGGAUCGGUGUCGAUGGGAGGACGAAUCCGUCCAGAAAGCCCGAAGGUUGCGACGAGGAGGAGAGCGGAGAGCAGGCGAGCGAGGAGCGCAGUACAAAGGGAGACGACGGAGUGGAAAUUCUUAAUCCAUCAACUACGGCUCUCAGCCCCGGUUCAGCUCCGGUUCUACCCGCCUCUCCGCAGAACCAACCCGGACUUGGCUCAACCCAGCAUGCCCAGACCUCGGCGGAGCCCGCCCCUCCGUGUCACGACCAGCAUCAUUUUCUCCGAUCGAGCGUCCGACCUCCGAGCAAGCGGAUCCGGAAGGAUUCAAUCGGCUCGACUAUCAAUGGACACGGCGGGGCAAAAUCGAAAGGGGCAGAGAACGGCUCUUCCUCCCAGGGGACAGUGGGACAGUCGGGGCCAGUGGCCGGAUCCACAGGGGGAGUGUCGAAGGCCUCCAAGGGCCAGGGGUCUGCUGAGAAGGAGGAGCAAGCUGGUAACCAGAAGAGGGCUCGUCGGCAGUGGGAGUCGUGGAGCACAGAGGACAAAAACAGCUUUUUUGAGGGCCUCUACGAGCAUGGGAAGGAUUUUGAGGCCAUCCAGAACAACAUCGCAAUGAAGUACAAGAAAAGAGGCAAGCCAGCCAACAUGGUGAAGAACAAGGAGCAGGUUCGCCACUUCUACUACCGGACCUGGCACAAGAUCUCCAAACACAUCGACUUUGCCAAUGUGUACUCCAGAGUGCUGAAGAAAUCCUCUCAAGAACUGUACGGCCUCAUCUGCUACGCCGAGCUCCGCAAAAAAGUUGGCGGUUUAAUGGACGAUAAGAACGUGUCAAAGCUGAACGAACUAAUCCAACAAGGGGCCACCACGGUGCGCUCCAAAGGGAGGAACCUGAGAAUCAAAGCGCCUAUGUGCCGAGCGCUGAAGAAACUCUGUGACCCAGAUGGAGUGAGUGACGAGGAGGACCAGAAGCCAGUGCGUCUGCCCCUGAAGGUGGCAGUGGAGCUCCAGCCUCGCAGUAACCACUCCUGGGCCCGCGUUCAGAGUCUCGCCCACAACCCUCGCCUCAGGAUGGUGGUGGAGCUCCACAGGAAAGUCUCCAGCCUGAUUGAUUAUCUGAAACAGAAGUGGGCGUACCAGGACCAGCGGAUUCUGAAGAGCCUCAUGGAGAGGGAGGCUCUGGAGGUCGGCCCAUCCAGCACAGCCUCUCCCAGCAAAUUCCAGCAGGACGAUCUCUUUCUUUACCCCGCUGAGAGCAGCACUUUGACCACACUGCCUGGCGUGGCACGUGUCGUGCACUCCAAGGCCUCCUGCACUGUACACUGGCUAGAAAGUGGCAAGAACCGGCCUAAUGCCAAGGAGUUGCCCGCUGCUCAGAUUCUGGGUAUUCACACGGCUCCACCACUUCGGACUGGCCCUAAAUCUGGACGGGGGGGCGCCGCCGCCACCGCCGGUGCUUCAGUGACUGGGUUGUGUGAUAGUCGACGAACUGAGCCCCUUAACCCUGAGCCUUCACAAGACUGCUCUACAAAGGUAGAGGAGAAGAGACCUCAGUCUGUUUCUGUCCCCGCUUCCUCUCUGCAGACUGUGGCUCUUAGGGAAGAGGGAACUGGGAUAGGACCCUCUGAAGGGGGGAAGAUCUCUACUGGUGUGAAGGCCAGUAGUGGUUUAGCAGUGACCAAAAGCAUUGAGAAGUUGUGUAGUGUUACAGAAAGCCCAUCUGAGCCAUGCAUUGAGGAGCAGAACACCAGCACUUCCUCCCCAGAGGCCCACCAGACUCCGCCAGCCAAACCUCCAGUCACUGGCUCCGAGGAGGGAAUGUCGCAGGGCUCUGCACCGGCAGCCAAGGAACGGGCUGUCGAGCAGAUCAGAGGGGAGGGCUGGAGCGCGCGGGACGCCGAGAACGUCACCCUGGCUGAGCUCUACCUGAUGUUCGGGAAGCCCGGCAAGCUGCUGCUGGAGUACGAGUGGCAGCCCAUUGCGGUUCCUUUCAACAACCAAGAAAACGGACAAGCCCAGCUCAAGCCCAUCAGGACACAACACGUUCUGCGCUGCCUGCUCAAGCUGGUUGCCACUGAGGUCAAUCCUAAACCUUUGGCUCCAGAGCUGUGCUCCACUGCUCCAUCCCCACACAAGACUCAUCAAGAGGAGCAAAACCAGGCCCUUACACCUCCAGGGAAGGGCCCCAUAGCAGGUGUUCGCAGCCCCAGCUGUGGCCGGCAGCAGGCCUCUGUCCGAGGGGCCCGGCUACACCUGCCAACUGCCGGAGUCUCAGGUAUUCAAGCAGGUGGACGUAACCUCCCCCGCUCUCUGCUGGGGUCGACGGCGGGCAGCGACGCAGAAAGCAGUGUGUUUGCGGUUCCCACCACGCUGCCCCCUAACAGCUCGCGGCACAACAGAAUGUUUUCCCCCAACAAGGAAGCAGAGCUAGCCCUCAAACAGCAGCUCGACUCUAUCAGUAUGCAGUCAGAUCUUUUCCUUUCAAGACAGAGAAAACCUCGAAACAGACAACUCCGGAAACCACUUGUAGUUCAGCGAACACUUCUACCGCGAACGACAGGAGACACUCCUCAGCAUGUCUGCUCCUUCUCCAUCCUCUCCAACUCCUCUGCCACAGGAACUGGAUCUUUCCGGCCAAUCCACACUCGCCUGGCUCCUUCCUCCCGCCCCCUCCUGUCCAAAGCUUCCCCUUCAGCAUCCAGCUCUGCAGCCGCCAGCCAGCUCUCCAGUGCCAUUGGCCUGGCUGCUAAGUCUGCAGGUAUCAUCCCCGGCAGUCCCCAUCGGGAGCUGAAUUCUCCCGCUGUUGAUAACGGCUCCCUGCUCCACACCGCACCCGCUGUCGAUGCUGAACCAGACGCUCGACUCCUCCAGCACAAUGCCCCAGAGAAUGGUCACCCUCCACCUCCUGGACAGACUGGUGGCGGGAACUCUCUCCUCCCUCCGCCCAGCGUGGCCUCGCUCCUGGACAUCUCUCUCCCCGGCCCCCCUGAAGAGGCUCUAGCCCCCGGAGAAACCCAGACACACAUCAGUGACUCCCUCAUCGAGCUCGCCAUCAACUCUGCCCACUACGGCGAGGAGGCCGCUCUCUCUCCAGCCAAGCUGAGCAACAACGACGGCUCCAAACUGUUGGCCUCGUCUCCCUCAGUCAGCCCGUCCAGAGGCUGGAUCCCGUCGCCCAGCCACGACCCCCAGUGGUACCCCAGCGACUCAUCUGACUCCGCACUGGGAUGCCUCCUCUCCAGCAUGGUCUCUCCUGAUAAGGGCAAGCGGACCACCCUAACCCCCUCCGGCCCCUCCAGCGGCACAGCUUUGCUUGGUCCCAGUCUCCUGGACUGCAACUCCCAUGAUUCCUUUCAGUCCCGUGGCCUUCCUGAUGCGGCAGAGAUGGACUCUCAGCUUGCUUGUAUGAUGAGUGAGAGCAGCGUGGACUACAUUGCUCGCUUCAAUGACCUGGCUCAGGAGCUGGCAGUGACUGAGCCCUCCAUCCCACCACCCUGAGGUGGAGAGGACCCACGGCCAUCUGGAGGACAUGAGUUUGUCUCCUCGCCGUCCCCUCUACUUUGGAGAAAAGACGCUCCCCCUCCCCCCCGCCCUGUUUGUAAAAGUGCAAUAAUAACAGUGAACCUUGACCUUUGUUCAAAGCGAGUUGGAAACUUGUUGGUUUCACUGAGCUGUUCUUUGAAUUGAAACGCCCUUUAAAAACAAACACUUUAGAAAAACAAAUGCGUUUACAAAACACGACCUCAUGUACAGGAAAAUACUAUGCCAUAUUUGAACAAUAAUAUUUUGACUGAUCUUGUAUGUCUCUUCCUGCUCUUUGUUGUGUUGUUGUCCGUCUUCUAUUCUCUCAGAUUAAACCCACAAAAUGUGUAGUUCAGAUCCCGAUUGCUGGAGGGUGGUUUAGACAGUAAUGGUGGUGAGAAGGGCUUGAAUGUGGCGAGAUACUUGUUUCUAUUCCGUAGUUAUUGUGGCCUCGGUUGGAAAAGUCGAGUACGACACAGCGGGUAAAGUAGGAACUACUGCCCUCCUUUUCACAGGCUUUUGAUCAGUUCAGGUUUUAUUGGAUGCAUUUUUAGGAACGUAGCCUGCCGCGCGUGUUUGGAAUCAGGUCUGUCAUUCCUCACGGUCAAAUGUUACAUGCAAAAUGGCAGCUUUUGUUGGUUGACUUUACUACUUCUCUUGAAAUCACAUUGGAGUUGCAGAUUAUCUUUUUUUUAAUGUAUGUUUUUAAUGUAUGUUGAGAUGAUAAUAGCGAUGCAAUGCUCUUCAAGGUUGGUUUGUUAUUGCGUAAAAACAGGUCGACAUUUAAUUUUGAUAUUUUUAAUAACCUUGUCAUAGUUUGGAGUAGUUUUACUUUAGCUCUCUUGCUGGUAUCAAAGAAGCGAGUCGAGCGUUUAAACCCAGAAUGUGAUCGACCACGUUUUCAUUUUUAUUGACUGGGAACCAUUGAAAGUUCCCAGUAGUGUUGCACUCUGUUUCAACUCCACAACAGCGAGCAGUAACAAGUAUGGAAUGAUAUUAAACACUAAAGCCAUAGUUUUGAGCUUUUUUUUUAAGUAGUGAUCUUUAACCAGUAAAACCUGAUUGGUUGUGUUCAAAACAUUAAAACUCCUCCAUUGACUCGAUCCUAACGAAACACUCUCCAUGUGGCGAGGUUAGAGGUAAAUGGAUGCUUUUAAGUGCUUUCCCCAUCACAGCAAACACACACCUACCGCAUACUCAUUGCAUCCAGAUUGUUUCUGAAUUUUUAAUCAACCAGCAUCAUCAAUAUGCAGUAUUGUGAACAUUUUGUCUCGACAAUGUGUUUAACUUCAUCUCCGAGUGUAAAUUGUAGGAGAGCUCUUAUCAUCAUUCCACAAAUGGGAUUUUAAAUGUUUGUCUCCGAGCACCUUGAGGGCUUUGACUCGACAAAGUAAAAGCUCUCGUGAUGUUUACUCAUCUUCACACACUAGAUACAAUGAAGAUGACUCUUAAUGAGGAAUAAACAGCAGGUUUUUCUUUGAAUCUGGCAUGUUUUUUUUGUUUUUUUUAAUCUUUGCUGAAGGAUUUAUUUGUACAAAUGUCAAUUAACUUCACUGCGCUUUUGUAACAUAACGUGAAUUGUUUGGAUUAUUUAUUUUUAACAUUUCAGAAUUUUUUUUUUUGUCUAACUUAAUAUUAAGAAAGUGAAACUUAAAGUUUUCAGUUUGUAAAAUGUGUUUUUAUUCUGUGUAUAAAGAUGGUUAUAAAAACCUGCUUGUUUGUUUUAUUCAUUUGUGUACUUUGUGCUAAAAACAGUUCAAAUGCAAACUUUUAAAUAUUAGUAUGUGGCCUUUGGGUUUUUACCAACAGAGAGUGGAGUGGUGUCUCUGCUGAACCGCUACUGAAUACAUUCUCACUCAUCAAAUCAGCUCAUUUAAUUAACAAGAAUAUACUGAACGGAAAUAUAAAACACCAUUUCACAGUUAGUAAAUGGAAACAUUCCAAAUGUGUCCCAGUUUAUUUCCUGCUGCACUGUAUGAGAAUAACAUCAGCUGACGGGAUGUAAAUAUGGACCAAGCUGUUGCCUAACGGACCACAAAAAACACUACUUGACAGCGAUAAGCAGCAUUUCCUUCCUCUACGUGUAUUAAAAGCACUUUGUUUACAG